AGACGGGGGGUACUUGUCAAAGUCAUCCACGGACCACAGAUUAAGAAAAGUUUAUUUACCCCCCUGGGGCAAUUGAGAGGGCAGAGAGCGAUGGACAGACAGACAAUCCUUGCAUUAAUAGGAGAUGAGGAUGUAUUAAAGAUAAAAGGAAACGAGAAGUAAUGCAUGACUGAAUCCAAGAAGGCAGUACUGCAUCACUUCAGAUGCCACGCGCUAAAGAUCUAACUAAUUACCCAACUAUGAAAUGGGGGAUGGGGCUGAGAUGAGAGGAGAUUUGAGAGAGAGACAGACAGGAAGAAUCCAGGAUUAAGGAACAGUUAUGAGGAUAAAAAUGAGGAUGAGAAUGAAGGAGAACUGUGAUACAGACUGUCAAGAUGCAAAAGCAGUUGGGUGGAGUUGCCAUAAAGAACCGUGAUGAAGGAUGAGAAGAACUGUAACAGACAGAGAACUUUGAACUGCGGAAGGCAGCUUUGCACUUCUCAGUGUGCAACAAGCCCGGAAGUUAGUUGAAGAAAUCCAGAACAAGGCAGUACUACAGUACAGUUAAACUUAAACUCCACCAUCAACCAACUUUUACCUUUCGUCUUUUAGAAGUUGAAUCUUCUUCUAAUUUCCGGCCGGCAGUGUCAAGCAAAGUUUCCUUUAAUGUUUUUCUUUCUCUUCAACUUUGAAAACCACUGUCCUUUUAUGUCUUUUAUAAGUUGACACCGUCCCUUGAGCAGGAGAGGAAAUCAGGCCUGAGUGUGGUUUAGUAUAGUGUAAAAGAGACAGAACUACGACAUAACUCAUUGCUGUGAGAAGAGGAGGAAAGGGCGAAGAAGAACAAUGGACAUCACGGAAGUCAAAUUGAAAAUGAACGAAACAAAGCAGUUCAUGGACGAAUCCUCUGCCUGGGGUUAUCCCCGCGAUGAUUUUGACCGCGUCUGCAAAAUCAUCUGGAGCAGAGCACAGCACGUCGAGGAGAAGUUUGGUUGUGCACCAGAGUCCCCGCAGAAUGAAGAUGGUGCCUCCUCACUCAGCACGCUGAGUCACUGGGAAAUGGAACAGCACAUGGAGGCCGAAGAUUUGCGUCAGAACCCAGAGUUUGUCGGUACUGGGAUGAUGGAAGUGAAUAUAACACCGCAUAUAGUAAAGGAAGAGACGGGAAGACACUUGGUGAACAUUUAUCACCCGCUGGCCAACCUUGCAGCUCACCUGCACCCGUUAAAAGCUCCAGGACUGAGAGAAAAGUGUGAUAUUCCCAGGACAAAUGUCGAAAAUGGGCAGAGGCACAUUUACCCAACACACCACUGCAAUGUGACAUUGGAUUACAAUCAGAGGUGUGUGGAAAAUGUUCCACACGAGGUCACUUCCAUUUGGACAAAAGAUCAAAUAGCUGCGUUGGAUCAUCAAACUUUAUGCUCGUCCAACCAAAAUGAAAUUUCUAUUACCAAACAUGAGGAACUAGAGACAUACAACCAGCCCCAUCCGGAAGUUACACAUAAUGUGGAUCUAAAUGCCAGGACCUGGGCGAGUGUUGUCAAAGAAGGCAUAAAGCGAGCACCCACCCCUCAGCAUGAAGCCAGACAUAGGACCUUUCAACAGAGACAUGCCAUUCUCAGAGCUAAUGUUGCGGGUACACAUGGUGUGGAUAUAAGUGGCCGGACCUGGGCUAGUACCAAAGAAGGCACAAAGAGAGCAGCUGUCCCCCAGCAGGGACCCAGACUCAGGACCUUUCAACAGACAGGUGCCAUUAGAGCAAAAGUCGAAGGUGUGGAUGUAAAUCCCAGGACCCAGAUUAAUGCUGUCAAAGAGGGCAAAAAGAAGGCAGCUGCCCCUCGCUGGGCAAAGAGGAGAUAGAGAAACAAAUUGCAUGAUUGUGUUUGUUUUUCAGAGUGACAAUGAUAUAUCAAAUUUCUUUUUUUCUGCUGCUUUAAUUUUGUUGCCAAAUCAUGUCGGUAAGACAAUAAAACGAGUACUUGUGCAAUGUC